AGCGGAGGCUUCUACAAGUAUCGUUGCAAGAACUUUUACUCGCACAACUGUCCCAACUGGGUGUGGGUAAACAACUCGCCAUGUGCGACCUGCAUUGCUGAAGGCAGAGAUGCCGAGGAGCAAUUAUUGCCAAUUUCGACGGCCUCUCGUGAAUCUAUCGCACCUCGCAUCCGAGACGACAUCCUACAAGAUACAUUCAUGGAAUCUGCUGCGCCAGGUGAUUCUGGAGAGAGCUGGACCCUCCCCAACAAGGGCAAU